GUACUCUCUCCGGGUCAAAAAGUUGUCAGUUAACCCUCGUUUGUGCAGGGUGCGUUAAUUAAAAUUAUCCUGGAGGAAGUGCUUGCGCUCGCUGCAGGUCAUGUCACUGUUCUAAGGUAUUAGAAAUUACUGGGGGGGGGUUCUUAUCUGUUUUAAGGACUGAUGCCCAAGCUCUGAAAGAGUUGCCGUGGGGAUCAGAUGCGGGCGAUUUCCCUGUGUGUCGUGACGGGGUGCAAAUUAAGAUAUUCAGAUGCAAUGGCAAAUAAGGAAAUCUUGAUAUGAAGUCAUCAGCGAUGUACAUGACAUCCUGUGCUUCAGAACAGAUCUUGGCUUCUUUUUUUCCACACCAGGGAGCAGCACAGGAGACGGUCUGGUGAGAGAGGCCUUCCAGUUUGAAGUGCUGCAGACACAGCAUGAAGAGAUCAAAGAGAAGGUUAGCAAUCUCUUCCCCUCCCCUCUAAGUAGCAAGACCUUUUGACAGGGCGAACGGAAAGGCGGGGUAAGUUCCGUUCCAAGUAUUUUAUUCUAAUCAAGCUGAUCUUUGAAAUCCAUGGAUCUAUUGAAAGUGAUACACUAGAAACAGCUCCACUAUUAGUAAGAGUGAGAGAAACAUUUGGUCAGUUCAGAUUAGCAAAUGCUAAUUUGUCAGUUUUACUUGUUUCCUAUCAAAUUGAUUCUCCUCUGUCCUGUCAGCAAGAGUUGUUUUGUGCAACUUGAAGAUCUGAGAAACUUUUGAGCUGUGUUAUAUUACUUUGCCUCCCGGUGAUCCCUUAUGGAGAGCUACUGGGGGGAGGAAGUAGAUGUGGAGAAGUAAGAAGGUAGAAAUGCCCGUACCGUGUCCAUCCUUUCUUUGGUUGACAGGUCAGGAAGAACAUAAGACCUGAGCAAGUUUAUGAUGAUAGUCUUUUAGUCUCUGGGAAAAUUUAAUGUAGGUACUUCCUGAUCCAGAAAUAUUAUACAUGUAUUUCAUAUUCUGUAGUGUAAUUUUUAAAACGCUCGUGUAUUUGGUGUUGGGUACCUUUUAGUGUGAAAGAGGUCUGCAGCUUAACCACGCAUUGUGUCAGGAAAUUUCUUCUUUGAUUUUUCUCUUGGACUUUGCCUUUGGUAUGUUCAGCGGAUGGGUCUUGGCUCUUAGGAGAGGCAGUAAACAAGGAAUAACUUGUGCAUAGUGCUUGCAUCUCGAUAGACUUUUGUUUCCUCACAGUUGUGCUUUCUCCUGGAUGGGAGAGUCCUACUCGUCGCCCUUACCUCCGCGCUCUGCAUCUUUCCCAGUUCUACUUUAUCCUUCUUUAUGGGGAAGGCUCCUACCUGUACACCAUGUUCAACGUGGGGGUCUUGUCUCCGAGUGGUGGUGGCUGUUCAGAGAGUAUUCGUGAAGACACUGCCCGGGGGUGGUAGCCUGUCCCAGGACAGCACGCUUGUUGGCUGCCGUGCUAGAUGAAAUACUGUAAUUAAAUUAUCAUUGUUGUCAUCCAAACAAUGAACAAACUAUUGAUGUGUGCGACUACAAUACUUUUCAAACAAAGAACAUAAUCCCAGAGAAGGGGAAAGAGAAGAAUGGUCUCUAGCAGAUACCAGGAUGUUGAAAGAAAUGCAGGAUGAAAUUCUCACUAAAAAUGGAGAAAUUAAAAUUUUGCGUGAUUCAAUGCAGCAGAUGGAGUAUGCUAUGGAGGAACAGAAAAGAUCAUACAUGCUAUUGGAACAGCAAAAAUGUGAGACUUUAAGUGAAAAAGAAAAAGAGUUCUCCAAAAAGUUACUGUCAUUACAGUCAGAGUUGCAGUUCAAAGAUGCAGAAAUGAAUGAAUUAAGAACCCGACUUCAGAACUGUGAAAGAAAGAAACUCGUUACUCAGACGGUUUUAACGCCAAGCCCUAAAAAGAAUUUUGCGGUACAAGUGAAAUCAGAAGGAUGUUCUCCACAGCCUGGAAGAAAAUCUUUUCCUACAAAAGAAUCCUUCAAUGCUGAAAUGUCCACCAGAGCAUCGAGUUCUUCAGGAAAUCCAAUUCCCUCGACUACUUUGAUCAAAGAAGACAGUAAGAUAACCCAUCUUGAAGUUUCACCCGUGAAGCAUGAAGCAGUGGGGAAAAACGGUUCCUACAACCCUGUACCCAAACGAAACGCACAAGGUUCUAUCUUACUAAAUGCACUGAUGAAGCAGCCCAUUGUCCCUGGGUCAUUGCUAGGACUCUGCCACCUUCUCAGCAGUAACUCUGAGCCUCUGCCUGGAGCUUUAUUGCUGCCCAACUACUUCGAUACGAAGUCCACACAAUCACCCAGCAGCAGGACAACUCAAGAAGAAACCGCUCCUCUUCUAUCCCUGCAAGAAGCUCAGAAACUUGCAAUAACAGGCUUGAACUUGAUCGCUAUGGACGAAGGAUUAUCUGAAGGAAGCCCGACAGAGAGCCAGUUCUUGCACUUCACACGCUGCAAGAUCCGAGGUGCGGUGCAUCUCCUGCCCCUGGUAGAACACCACAUUGGUGCAUACUGUCAGGCGGCGCCAUUGGCGGACAAGUCAGCAAAUGGUUCUUGUGGAAACCAUUCAGCUCUUCCUUCCAGAACCAGCACAAAUACGGUGUCCAGUAAGGAGGACUUCAGGUUGUCUCUUGAAGAAACUACACUUAUAUCACUGGGUAUUCUUUAUUAUUUGGCAUUUUAUAGCUGGGAUGUUGUCCACACGUUGCUGUCUGCUGAAGUGGAAAAAAGUUCUGCCGCUGGAGAUGAGCAGGUUUCCACAAUGGACAAAAAUGGGUCAUGUGACAAUCAGUGUGAUAAUAAAGAAGAUACCAGGAUGCACGAAGGGCUGCCUGUAGCUCCACAGGACGCUCCCAACAACAAUCAAGCUCAACAUUCUUUGUUUAAAAAGCUGCUUCAGGUUUUAGCUUUUUCUGCUGCAAGAGGCUCCCAGACUGACAGUAUACUGAACCAAAGCCUAAAAGUUUUGGUGAAAUUAGCUGAAAAUUCAACAAUGGACUUGCUAAUGAAUUUUCAGCACUUACUGAGUAGCCGGAUCCUGCUCUGCUGCCUGUGCCCGGAGACCCCUUUGCCCGCUGCCCUUUUGACCGUCAGGCUGUUGUCUGUUCUUGCUCAACACCACAAGCUGGUUCCUCAACUUUGUUCUCGUUCAGACACCUGCCUCCUCCUUGCACUGUAUGUAUAUAUCACAUCAAGACCAGAUAAAUCAGCAACUGAAAUGCUUUGGCUUCAGCUGGAACAGGAGACAGUCAGGCUCCUGACCAGGUGUAUGCGGUGUCCCACUCCGGCGGUUUUAUUACCGGGUUCAGACUGUCAGUGUCAUCUCGAGGUGGUUAAGACGCUAAUUAUAAUGUUACAUAGACAGUGGAUGAAGAUCAGAAGAUCUGAGACCAGCUUGUGUGCAUCUAAGGAACGAAUUAUUCAGUUUUUACGGGAUGCUGUUUUACUCUUGCACAGCCUGUCUCAGAAAGAUAAACUGUUUCACGAACACUGUUUGGAAGUUCUCCAUCAAUACGACCAAGCCAUGCCGGGCAUAAGAGCCAUUCUCAAAAAGACUCAAAAAUUGAGUGCCUGUGAAGAACUGAUUUUGGAUGAAUUGUAUCCUUCUGAGCCAGAAGCAGAAGACCAAGGGAUGGACUCCAGCUAGCUAACAUCUAGCAAAGAUCUCUGUCCUUCCUCAUCUAAAUCAGAAUAAUCAUUGCCAGUGUAAAUCUGAACUCUAAAGCAUCUAUUUUAUUAAGUGAUAAUCUGAAGGUUGCACUCAAAUGCAGCACAACUAAGACAUUUCUUUUGUUGUGAUUAUUUUACUUAAGCACCAUCUAAAUGUAGAUGAAAGUAAAGAAAUCUUGAUGUAAGAAUUAUACUGCAAUGUAAUGUUUUGCUGUGCAAAACAACUCAAUGGCUUGUUACUGGUUCUGUUUAUGAAUUUCAUCCUUUAUGACAUUGCUGUGAAUGGAAUGGGAAUUUCAUGAUUGUGUUCUCCAUUUUACUGACUACAGCUGAAUUUAUGAUGCUGAACAUGCUGAGAUGUUUGGGUUCACUGAGUUCAUAUGAAUGUUUUUUGAACAUAUUUGUUUCUUUUGUGGCUGCAAUACUUUCUUGCUUGACUUCCAGAAUUUUCAUGUUGAUAUUAGUAAACAAUAUACUGUGAUUUUAAAAACCUUUCUAGAAGUAACUUAAGAGUUGGCAGUUCAGUUCUGAGCAAGAAAUUCGGAGCCCUGUAA